CAGAGAGCUACGCUUUGCUCUGACCUCCGGGUCUUUUCCUUUUUCUCCUCCACUCCUCCCGUCCCUUCGUUCACAUUUUUUUUGCCUUUUUUUCCGCUCCUUUGAUUUAAAUUCCCGCUCUUUGGUUUGGGCUUUCUAAAAUUAAUUUUAUUUUGGAGGAUGGGAUUUUUAACUGGAGGGCCGGGGUGGGUCAGGAAACCCCUGCCGGAGUAGCGGUGGGGAAUGGGGAGGGCGGCGCGGUGGUUGCGGGGACUUCUGGGCGGGAAGAAGGCGGAUUCUGGCGGGGAGCAUCGGGCGGAGAAGAAGAAAUGGGGCUUCGUCAAGUCGUUCCGGGAGAAGGGCCACCACCACCAGCAGCAGCAGCAACAGAGAGGAGGACCCCCGCCGCCGUUACCGCCGCAGCGGAAGGGUUCGUAUAGGGAGGUGGCGCGGUCAUCCCCGGCUGGCGCGACGGCGGGGUUGGCGGAUGUGGACGGGGACGAGCAGAACAAGCGGGCGAUUGCGGUAGCCGCGGCGACCGCGGCGGUGGCUGAGGCAGCCGUGGCCGCCGCGCACGCGGCGGCCGCGGUGGUCAGGCUGACGAGCAGCGGGCGGAGCGUCGCUGGGAUCGCCUCCGGCGCCGGGAAGCGGGAGGUGGCGGCGGCAGUCAAGAUCCAGUCCGCUUUCCGGGGUUAUCUGGCGAGAAGGGCAUUGAGGGCGCUGAAAGGGCUGGUGAAGCUGCAGGCAUUGGUCAGAGGCAACAUUGUGAGGAAGCAGGCGGCGGAGACGCUGCGGUGCAUGCAGGCAUUGGUGAGAGUCCAGGCCCGGACCAGGGCCUGCCGAGCCCUCCGGUCAGAGAUGAGCAGGUCCGGCCGAGGAUCCCGCGCCCAUGCUGGCCCUCCGACGCCAGAGAACUAUGAACAAGCUGUUCGAUCAAGUGGUUCAAAGUCUGACAGGUCUUGCACUCUCAAGCGGAAUCCUUCCAAGGCAGCCAGCAUGGAUGCGGUUGAUUCGGACAGAACACAUUCUUCUGGAUGGAACUGGUUGGAUCGGUGGAUGGAGGAGCGGUACUGGGACAGCCGACAGGCUGCUGCAAAGACUGGGGCAGCAAUGGAUGAUGAGAAGAAUGCUAAGAUCUUGGAGGUAGACCCCGGAAAGCCACAAUUCAAUCCUAAGAGGAGGGGGAACAAUCUCCAGUCUUCAUGCUCGACCCUAGCCUCCGAUCAGAAUAAUCGCAGCAUUGCGGCCAUGCCCGAUUCCCCAUCGAAGGACUCCACAACUGCUCAACUAUCCAUUCCUAGCCCGUCCUCCGUGGACAUGCCGCAAUCUCUCAGCCCCCUGAGGUUCCACCUCCCUGAACCAGGGGACUUUGGCGAGAGUCCCCAGUUCUAUUCUGUAGCAUCUCGGCCUGGAAGCUCGAGAAGGGGGCCCUUCACUCCUUCGAAGAGCGAAUGCUCGCGCAGCUUAUUCAGCGGGUAUUCUGAUUACCCCAACUACAUGGCGAACACGGAGUCGUCGAGGGCGAAGGUGCGGUCGCACAGCGCACCGAGGCAGAGGCCCGAGUUUGAGAAGUCAGGCUCCAUCAAGAGGCUCUCGGGUCAGGGGUUAGGACAGCAGCAUUCUGGAGCAUCAGCCCAGAGGUCAUCUUCUCUCCAUGCAAAGUUUGCCAACAAGGCCUACCCGGGCUCCGGCCGGCUGGAUAGACUAGGGAUGCCCAUUAGAAUCUGAUGAACCUAACCAGGAUUGUGUAGUUUGUCUUCAUGGAUCAUCCGGAGUACUCAGCUACAGUUUGGUUCCUCCAAACUCUUUUUUUCUCUUAUCUGCAACUCAGUCUUGAGUCAUGAUGUUUGUCCUCUCAAGUAAUUAACAGUGUUAUGUAUGAUCUUUUGGAAUACUGCAAUGGAAUCAGAAUAUGAUGUUUUUGAGUGCGA